CUAAAUAAAAAGAAAUUUGGUUGUGUUGAACUUUGAAGCCAGCCGUGAAAUAAAUUAAAAUGACAGUCCAACAGCUCAGUUCGAAUAUUUCUGACGACUCGGAUGAUAUGGUUAGUUUACCAUCAGAGGAAGAGAUUUAUAGGAGAAAAUAUCAAUUGUUAUUAGAACGAUGUGAAGUGUUGCAACAGGACAAUGAAAGAAUCGUGAAUAGAAUACAUGAAGUAAAAAAAAUAACGAGGCGAUACAAAAAAGAUAUAAAGUUGUUGAUUGAACGAUUAGACAAACAUGGAGAUCCCUUCCGAACGGCUUCUGUUGAAGUAGAGACAAAACCUGAGGUAGCCCCUCGGGCACCUCGUGCCGGGGCAAAAACACAAACAGCACCUAAACAAGUAGAAAAACAAAAUACGACAGGUGCUAAAAAGCCAGCAACCAAACGAAAAAGCAAAGCAGAUAAACCUGAAAGAGAUCCAAAUGCACCUAAAAAGCCUUGCAAUGCAUUUUUCCAAUUUUGCCAAGAGCAAAGACCAGUGGUCGUAGCUGAAACUACAACUGAAAUGGGAUCUGAACCUUCAAAACAAGAAGUAACCCGACAAUUAGCAUCACGCUGGAGAGCAUUAACAAAUGAGGAAAAAAGGAUUUAUGUUGCAAUGUUUGAAAGAUCAAAGGAAAAAUAUGCAGAAGAAAUGUCAGCAUACAUCAAGAAAGAACAAUGACGUUUACAAUCUUUAGAUACUAGCACUUAAUUCCUUUGUGAUCAUCAGCUUUAAUUUAAGUUAUAAUAUAAAUAUAGAUUUUUAUAU